AUGUUCCCGAUGAAUGAACUUCCCGUGGAAAUUCUAUGGAGUCUCUUGAAGGAGUGUCCCAGGGAACUUCGGUCGGUCAACAAGCAGUUUUACCGGCUGCACAACGAAAUGUACAAGAGGAAGGUGUCACGACUAUUGUCCGAGGUGGAGGAAAGAGAGUUUUGGAACAGUGUUUUAAGACCCUUACAGCAAUACGUGAAGAGUUUGGAUUUUCUGCGAAAGAAUUCACGACUGAUCGUUUCCGCAGAGGGUGGGACAGAGUGUAUAGAUGAUUCGUGGUACGUCAUCUACAACGCCCUGUUGGGUCCGUUGAAGUGCGAAAACCGUCUUGUCAACUCGCCUGCGGGGGACUCCCUGGAUUACCAAAGGCCUAUAUUUACUGGCCAUUGCGUUGUGCCGCCGAAUGUACGGUGUCGCAUCAACGCUUGGUUCUACAUUGAUAAUUUAGAUGCUGCCCGCAAAUUGGCGACGUUGGUGACGGAAUUCCGUGACUCGCCGUACGAGAGAUAUCAGACGGUGAGCCCGGUUCCCUACAUUGCCGAUUUCGUCACUGAGGCUGGCGUCUACUGCUUCAACCUCGGCAGACUGCCCAAAAUCGACAGUCAGACGUUUCCCGCCACUCUGGAAUUGAGACUGGUGGAAAGAUCGAUGACGUUACCAAACUAUUUUGAAAGCCCGUCAUUGGAGUUCCUCGGCUACGAUUUCAAUAACUACGACCGGCGUCCGUGGCUUUUCUUCAGAAUCGAUAGAAUUUUCAAAUCCACCCUGUUUAAUCCGUUCGAGACACAGCUAUCUGAGUCUUUGGUGCGGUUCGAUGGCAGGUUCCAGCUGCCGGGAGAAGAUGCAGGAACCGCCCGACGGAACAAGCUACUUUAG